CAGCGCGGGAACCAACGGAUCCGAGAUGUCUCUCCCUGUGACGCGCGUCGCGCCACGACUCCGCCAUAUCUUGCGCGAGUGGCGAGCGGACACAAGACAUGGCGGCCUCGUGUCGCGCUCCCGCCUCAACCGCCGCGCCACGGCCGCCGUCCGUCUCCAGAUUCACUUCAUGGCCACCCUCGCGCUGCGUCCCCGUCUCCUCCUCGCCACGAGAAGGCCACCGUCCAGAAAGCGUCGCGCCUGCGCCGUCGCUCCCUGCGCCCUCCGCGCUCCCGUGCCACCGCAGGCCGCGCGGCCGCGGCGCGUCUUCCUCGGCCUCAGCGCCGCCUUCAUCCACCAGGUCGCGCGCAUGGCCUCCGACUGCGCGUCGUCCCGCUCGUUCGUUGCCGGAGCACGGCCGAGGCAAGGGGUUUCCCCGGUCGAACAGAUUCUGAAGAGUGUGGAGUGGCCGGACGAGUUUCCUUUCAAGCCUGAGGACUUCAGCCGCUUUGACGAGUCAUCCGAUACUCUAUUCUACUCGGUUCCCCGUUUUGUCACUCACAUUGAUGACCAAGCAAUCAGGGCGCUCACUGAAUACUACUCUGAAGUUCUUCCUCCAAGUAAUACUCCUGGGGUGGCCAUCCUGGACAUGUGCAGCAGCUGGGUGAGCCAUUAUCCACCCGGUUACAAACAGGAGAAGAUUGUGGGGAUGGGUAUGAAUGAAGAUGAGCUGAAAAGGAAUCCGGUAUUGACUGAGUAUGUUGUACAAGACCUCAAUGUGAACACGAAGCUUCCUUUUGAGGAUAACACUUUUGAUGUUAUAACCAAUGUGGUUAGUGUAGACUACUUGUCAAAACCAAUAGAUGUUUUUAAGGAGAUGCGACGAAUACUAAAGCCAACCGGUCUAGCCAUAAUGAGCUUUUCAAAUCGGUGCUUUUGGACAAAAGCUAUAUCUAUAUGGACAUCAACUGGUGAUGCUGAUCAUGCUUGGAUAGUUGGUGCUUACUUCCAUUAUGCUGGAGGUUUUGAACCCCCUCAGGCAGUUGAUAUAUCUCCUAAUCCAGGAAAAACUGACCCAAUGUACGUCACAUACUCCAGAAAGAAAAUAGCUUAAACCGUAUGCUGUAUUCUGCAAGGAAAAUGCUUUCUUUGUUAGAAAGAUCCACACCCAUUUUGUAUGGUUUCAGGCGUGCAUAUGGGAAGACGGAGGCAUGCCACGAUCUAUGCUAUUGCGAAUGUAGAAUACUUUUAGCUUAAUCAAUGUGUGUAUGAUGUCAUAAAACAUUUGUGUAGUGUAUAACUGAAGAAACAGAGGUAUUUACUUUGCAACUCCAGGAUUCAUUAUUGUACUGUACAAAUUAUUUCGUACAGUAUGCCCAGUCGGAUUUUUUUUUUCUUUUGAAAUUGGCAGACAGAUGCAAGUUUAUUAGUUGUAAGUGGAGCAAGAAUAGUUUGUUGAGAAAUUAUGAAUUUCUAAUGUC